AUGGCGUCAGCUAAGUUUCUCGAGGAAGCUCUGAGUACAGAUGUUGAUGAAUCGGCCGUAAGUGCGAUCGUAGGCUCCUUAGAGAAUCAACUCGUCACAUCAACACCCCCAGCGUCGUCUCAGACUGGCUCAGCCAUCGUGAUUAAUCAAAACCACGUAAACAGUGCAAUAUCUAACGGCGGGACAGUUGCCCCACAGAAACAUGGGACUAUUGCCAAUGGUGAUUCGAUAAGUGGUGUAAAUGCUAUAAACGCUAACGAUGGAAACAAACAAGUGAAUAAUGCCAACGCGAUGUUAAUAGGUACUAAUACGGGGGGACCAGUGACGACUUCUUACGUGAACCAAAGUGUCGCGAUAGACUCGAAUGCUAACAAACCCUCCGACGGUGUAAAACUCGUGUACUCACAAGGCAACCAAGUCAUGUCCAAUUCUGGGACCAUUAUUCAGACCAGAGUCACUCUUCCAAACGGCACGAUAGGAGGCCUGCCUCCCCAGACAGUCCUCCAGACUACUCCUACCAAUGUACAAACUAUUCAAAACAAACAACCCACGCUGGUUCUGAAAUCCAGCGGUGCUCCCGGGGCCACUGGACUCAUGACUGUACCUAUGAAUGUAGCCUCAUCGAUGGGCCAGGCUAAUAACGUAGGUAGCCCUAGCACUCAAUCCCCCAAUAUCCUUUCCAACCUCCAGGUAGUCAAUGUGCGCCCUGGAGUUCCUACUCAGCAGCAGAAAGGGCAACCAGCUCGUGUAGUGCUAAGCGCACCUCAAUUAGUCGGGGCCCGACCUGGGACUCCAAGUACUGCUGCAACCAAUCCAGUUCAGGCCGGUGCUACGACAACAGUAACGUCUGCUGCGCAACCGGUUGUUCAUCAAGGACAAGUUGGACAGGUGCAAGUGCAGGUUCAGCGACCUGCAAAUGACAAUACCAAAGAAAAAUGUAGAAAAUUCCUCGCCAAUUUGUUAGAACUAUCCAGUCGAGAACCUAAAUCUGUAGAAAGAAACGUCCGACAGCUUAUCCAAGAACUCAUCGACAACAAGGUGGAACCGAAGAUUUCUGUGACAAAUUAG